AUGCAUCAAAUCUGCGGGUGCAUGCAGAACAUCACAGGGGAGAAGGGUCGCGCAAGUCCAAGGCACACACAUAUGGACAAGAAGCCCUACAAGUGUGAUCUCUCUACUGCAGAAUUCAGCUCAAGCGCAAACCUGUCGUGCCACAAGCGGGGACACACAGGCGAGAAGCCCUACAAGUGUGAUGUCUGCCCUGCGGAGUUCAGGCAGAGAGGGCACCUACAGGGUCACAAGCGGAUACACACUGCCACCGAUGAUGGCGGAAUGCACGACAGGGGCUGCGAUCGGAACAAAAUGAUCGAUGCGAUGAUCGGUGCAGCGACAUAUGCUGCUCCCCCACACAUGACAAGUGGUGUACAACAGCACGGCUCAAGCAUGUGUAAGCGGCAUGUGAACUGCGAAGGAAGAACCAAGAAACAAGGAACAAAAGUAAGCAGUGGUGGGCUUCGUAUUAAGGAUGAGCCCAGUGACGCUUGUGAUGAAGCAUCUUCGGGAUGCACUUCUUCAAAUGCGCAGUUCGAGAUCAGCACAACCACAGUUGAAACACGAUUCGAAACCCCUGCACCGAUCACUACCGACAAUGGACCCACUGAGCGACCCUCAGACCAGAGCGAGACUCGAGAGGCAAGCAAACGAGAGAAAGACAGGCCCUAUAAGUGCAACUUUUGUUUGGCUACAUGUGUUGAUACUGGCCAUUUGGAAGCUCAUCAGAAAACUCAUAGAACGAAGACAUUUACCUGCGACACAUGUUCUGCGACAUUCCGUCAUGCAUCAAAUCUGCGGGUGCAUGCAGAACAUCACAGGGGAGAAGGGUCGCGCAAGUCCAAGGUAUGUGCACUUGCAUGCACAUUGAGCGCGUACAAGCACAAUCUCUGUCCAGCACGGUCCAGCCACAGUAUGUGCCUGCGGCGUCACAAGCACACACAUAUGGACAAGAAGCCCUACAAGUGUGAUCUCUCUACUGCAGAAUUCAGCUCAAGCGCAAACCUGUCGUGCCACAAGCGGGGACACACAGGCGAGAAGCCCUACAAGUGUGAUGUCUGCCCUGCGGAGUUCAGGCAGAGCGGGCACCUACAGGGUCACAAGCGGAUACACACUGGCGAGAAGCCACACAAGUGCGAUAUCUGUCCGGCACAGUUCAGGCAUAAGACGAGCCUGUCAUAUCACAAGCUAAAACAUACAGGCGAGAGGCCCCAUAAGUGCAAUCUCUGUCCUGCACAGUUCAGCCAAACCUCAAGCCUGUUGCGCCACAAGCAAAAGCACACAGGCAAGAAGCCAUACAAGUGCAAUCUCUGUCCGGCGGAGUUCAGACAUGGCUCGAACCUGUCACGUCAUAAGCGAACGCACACGGGCGAGAAGCCAUACAAGUGUGACCUCUGUCCUGCAGAGUUCAAUGAGAGCAUAACGCUGCGGAAUCACAAGCGAACACAUACAGGUGAGAAGCCCUAUAAGUGCAGUGUCUGUCCUGCAGAGUUCACACAUGGCGCACACCUGUCACGUCAUAAGCGAACACACACGGGCGAGAAGCCAUACAGGUGCGAUCUCUGUCCUGCAGAGUUCAGCAGGAGCAUGAACCUCUCUCAUCACAAGCGAACACACACAGGCGAUAAGCCCUACAAGUGCAAUCUCUGUCCUGCAGAGUUCAGCCUUGGCACAACCCUGUCACGUCAUAGGCGAACACACACAGGCGAGAAGCCAUACAGGUGCGAUCUCUGCCCUGCAGCGUUCUGUGAUAGAAGUUCUCUGCGGUAUCACAAGCAAACACACACGGGUGAGAAGCCAUACAAGUGCAAUCUCUGUCCUGCAGAGCGACAAAUUGAAGGGCCACGAGGAUUUCGGGUAGAUAUCGGGUUUUACCCGAAUUCUCAAAAACUUGUUAGGGGGGAACCAUCGUGA